CCUUGUCUGCAGCACAUUCUUAUUGGAUACUGGGACAUAUUCUCUGUUUGUCGCGUCUUCUCUCUACACCCACUCUCAAUCUGUCUUUAUAAACCUUUGUAUUUGUGUCUAGAUUCAGGUGUUACUGAUAGAGUAGCAGAUAUGCCAGUUAAAGUGUUUUAUUCCAGUGCGAGCGGUUCUAUGGAGACAAAGAAAAGGCAGGAAAGACUCUUCUCUGUCCUGACCUCCAAGAAUAUCCCUUUUGAACCUGUGGACAUUUGUCAGAAUUUGGAAGAAAGAGACUUAAUGAGAGAAAAGGCAGGGAACUCGGCUGCACUGGCACCUCAAAUAUGCAACGGGGAUGUCUACUGUGGAGACUUCGUUGCAUUUGAGGAAGCAAUCGAGAUGGGACAAUUGGAGAAGUUCCUAAGAAUUUAAAAGUAAUGGUGACCAGCUAUGGGACACUCAACGCCAUCACCUUGAGAACUGCCAUAUCUACAAAAAUAUAUAAUUUAUAUUGACAAACAUUCAUUAUUCAUAUUUCAUUUUUAUUGAAUUGAUGAUGACAGAUGGUGUAUUUGGUGCCUUGAAGUAUCAGUUCAAGAACAUGUAAAUUGUAUUGGAUUAAAAAUACAUUUUUUUUGAAAAUA